UUCUGGGCGGGGAGCAGAAGGAUGAGGCAGAGACCGUCGAAGAGGGGACGACACGGCCUUCACUUAGGGUCACAAGCUGUUUGGGUCUUGAAGCGAGCCGGUUCAGCGCUUCACGCAAACAUUACGGCGCUUGGCUGGGAUGUUUUUAUAUGGCACUUGUCCACAGUGACCGUACAUCCGAGAAAAUGCGUCGGCAACUUCCGCAAGAAUACACUUCCGCGACCUUUCACAAGUCGAACAGCGCCCAGUUGUGUUUUCCGGCUGGCUUGAAUGCUGCUCAGCAGACGCAUAGGGUGAGUAAGCAAGCAGCUGAGGCAUCAUCGGAGCAGCCGGCAUCUCUUUGGGAAUCCUGCAGCAUCGAGGGACCAAUGGGAAUCAUAGAAGCUUCUGUGGGAGGGGUCAAGGAACAGGUGAUGUUCACCGCCAACAGCCCGAAAACCAACGGCGGACAUGGCCGUGAAAGUGUGCAUGGAACACACGGCGAAUCACAUCUAAGUCGUCGUGAACAGUAUCCCUUCUGCACCAUCUCGCCUAACGCAAAGGGUGGUGUAACAAUUAUCACACAACCAUACUCGGAGGCAGCACUCUGUGGGCAUGAGAAUUAUUCGAGUGCCGAUUCAAAAGGGCCAUCAUCCAAUACUCAUCAAUCUUCAUACAAAUCCUAGUGCAGCGAUUCUUAGUUGAAGUCGGAAGGCAAGGAGGGGUAGCGUGGAUCGUGGGGUGGGGGGAGG